UCUCUUCACAACUAAAAAUGUCUAUCGUACGAAAAAGAGAUGGUUCUUGGUUAUUAAUACUUCAUAGCUCUUCCGAUAAUUCGAUACAUUCAAUCGAUUUCUCCAAAAACUCUAUAACUGCACUUACGCACCUUGCACUGUCGAUUCCACUGAUGGUGAAGGGGGAUAUUUUAAGCAGUGGCCAAUGGUAUUUGUAUCAUACAAAUAUUAAUAUGAUCAUUGAACUUAUUAGGAUCCCUAAUGUUGUUGAAAGCUUUAAUGUUAUUAAUGUCAACGGAUUACUAAGGCCUACUCCGGCAGAAAUUACAUAUCUCUCUCAAGAAGGUGUUGCACAGGCUAAUGUAUUAUGUGCACGUUUUCUCCAAACAAAUAAUGGUUCAAUAGCAGCUUCCAUUAUUUCAAAUUUACCAGAAGCUUUAAUUAGUAAUACGGGUGAUGUCGAAAUUUUUUCAUAUAUGAGAGACUCAAAUGAUGAGGGAAACUAUGAAAAUUUUUACAAAAAUUUAAACAAUGUUUCAAUAUAUCUGACUAAGUCGGGUCAAUUGGCAACUGUGAUUCCAUCAAAAGACGGUAGAAGUACUGGAUAUUUGGAAUUAUUCAAUCCUGUUCAAAAAGUAUUAUGGAGGAUUGUUCUUCCAUUGGCUGUUCCUGGCAUUAACAAAACAAACCCAGCAACGGGUCAUCCAUACAUGCAAGUUGAUAGGGUGGCUGCAUAUUUGUUGGAAAUGCCUAAUGGCGAUUUAUUAACAAUGGAUAAUAGUGGCAUCGCAAGAAUAUGGCAAGUUGAUGCGGGUGAAUUAAUAAAAGCAGUUAAUGCAUGGAAAAAGUUGGUUGGCAAUAUUGAUCAACGUGUUUUGUCUAUUAUAUAUGAUGAUCCUGAGGGUAACAUUACUAAAUACGCAUCAGAGACUCCUAAUGAUAUGAUAAAUGAUAUAUUUGGAAGGCAGCAAACCUUUGUAGAUGUUGAAAAUUUGGAGCUUAGGGCUGAAGCUAAACAACCACUUGAACUUACCGACGCCCAAAGAGAAUUGCACAAACUGGCAAUGCAAACACGACUUGAACAAAUCAACAUGACUCAAGAAGAUUUUGAGUUGUAUCGUUCAUAUAAAGCCAAUGUUCAACGUGAAAUUCGAGAGCUCCAUGUAAUAUUAGAAAGUAUUGAAGCUAAGGAGAAAGAACGUGUAUGGUUAAAAAAUCAGAGUUCCGGAGAUGUAGAUGAUAUGAAAUUAAUCGAAGGAUUAACUGGCGAUAUAAAUAUUUAUAAGCGCCGUGGUGAAAAUGAACCCGAAAGUGGAUUCUACCAAGCUCGUCCUAAAAAGAUAUAUUUCGUUUUCGAUUUAAGUGCCAG